UCCUCAGUUGCAGGUUGCUGAGCAUCCAGCGGGGGUUCGUCAUGUCUAACAUCAACGUCACUGAGCUGCAGUCACUCCUUCUGUCCUUCCUGCAGCAGUGCCUGAACAGAACAAGCGUGCUGUCUCCACCGAUACCUCACAACCACACCUCCCAGCAGGCCGUGCACUUUGCAACUGGAGCCAGGGCCCACGCUCAGUCUCAGGGAAUCGUGUACAUCAUCCUGGUGGUUGGCUUGUUCAGCUUCUUCACGUUCGGCAUCAUGCUCAGCUUCAUUCGCUCCAGGAAGCUAGAGAGCUCUCAGGACCCGUACCACCAGUACAUCGCCCGUGACUGGACCAAGGUCACGACCCCCUCCAGGGCCGUCGCUCAGGCUCUGCACAGGGAGGCUGCAGGAAAGGGGCCCAGCAGCAAGGAGCCAGUCGUCAUCUGCAACCCUGCUACACUAGAUCAGCUGUCGGACUAG